AUGUCCCGUCGAAGCCAGCGCCUCACCCGCUACUCCCAGGCGGACGAUGACGGCGGCAGCAGCAGUGGCGGGAGCUCAGUGGCCGGGAGCCAGAGCACCCUGUUCAAGGACAGUCCUUUCCGGACCGCGAAGAGGAAGUCCAGCAGCACCAAGCGCCUCUCCCCGGGGCCCCAGCUGGGCCCCUCGGACACCCACAGCUACUACAGCGAGUCCGUGGUCAGGGAGUCCUACUACAGCCCGCGGGCCGCCUCGCUGGCCAGGAGCUCCAUCCUCGAGGACCAGCUGCACGCUGACCCCUACUGGAGCGAGGACGUGCGGGUGAGGAGGAGGAGAGGCACAGGGGACACCGAGAGCAGCAAAACCAACGGGCUGGUGGGGGCCAAGCUCUCCGAGGACUUCCCGGGGUCCUCCUCCGGCUACUCCUCCGAGGACGACUACGUAGGGUACUCGGAGGCGGCCCAGCAGGGCGCGGGCUCGAGGCUGCGGGGCGCGGUCUCCCGGGCAGGCUCCUUCUUCUGGACGGUGGUCACCUUCCCAGGCCGGCUCUUCGGACUCCUCUACUGGUGGGUGGGCACCACCUGGUACCGCCUGACGACGGCGGCCUCCCUCCUGGACGUCUUCGUUCUAACCAGGCGCUUCUCGUCCCUGAAGCCGUUCCUGUGGUUCCUCCUGCUGCUGCUGCUGCUGCUGACCGGCCUGACCUACGGUGCCUGGAACUUCUACCCCUACGGCCUGCACACAGUCCACCCCACCUUGGUUUCCUGGUGGGCAGCGAGGGGCAGCGGCCAGCAGCAUGACGUGUGGGAGCCCAGAGACUCCUCCCCGCAUUUCCAGGCGGAGCAGCGCAUCCUGUCCCGGGUGCACUCCCUGGAGCGGCGCCUGGAGGCCCUGGCCGCCGAGUUCUCCUCCGCCUGGCAGAAGGAGGCCGUGCGCCUGGAGCGCCUGGAGCUGCGGCAGGGGGCUGCGGGCGAGGGCGGCGGCCGCGGCCUGAGCCAGGAGGACACGCUGGUGCUCCUGGAGGGGCUGGUGAGCCGCCGGGAGGCCGCCCUGAAGGAGGACUUCCGCAGGGACACCGCCGCCCGGAUCCAGGAGGAGCUGGCCUCCCUGCGAGCGGAGCACCAGCAGGAUGCCGAGGACCUCUUCCGGAAGGUGGUCCGCGCCUCCCAGGAGUCUGAGGACCGGCUCCAGCAGCUGAAGGCCGAGUGGCACAGGAUGACCCAGGAGUCCUUCCGGGAGAACUCCAUGCAGGAGCUGGGCCGGCUGGAGGGCCAGCUGGCGGGCCUGCGCCAGGAGCUGGCAGCCCUGGCCCUGAAGCAGAGCGCGGUGGCGGACCAAGUGGGCUUCCUGCCGCAGCAGCUCCAGGCCAUGCGGGACGACGUGGAGUCCCAGUUCCCUGCCUGGAUCAGUCAGUUCCUGCUCCAAGGUGGGGCGGCCCGCACGGGGAUCCUUCAGCGAGAGGAGAUGCAGGCUCGGCUGCAGGAGCUGGAGGGCAAGAUCCUCAGCCACGUGACCGAGAUGCAGGGCAAGUCGGCGAGGGAGGCGGUGGCCAGCCUGGGGCUGAGGCUGCAGAAGGAAGGCGUGAUUGGGGUGACAGAGGAGGAGGUGCACCGCAUCGUGGACCAGGCCCUGAAGCGCUACAGCGAGGACCGCAUCGGGAUGGUGGACUACGCGCUGGAGUCCGGAGGAGCCAGUGUGAUCAGCACCCGGUGUUCCGAGACCUACGAGACCAAGACGGCCCUCCUCAGCCUCUUCGGCAUCCCCCUGUGGUACCACUCCCAGUCGCCCCGCGUCAUCCUCCAGCCAGAUGUGCACCCAGGCAACUGCUGGGCCUUCCAGGGGCCCCAGGGCUUUGCCGUGAUCCGCCUGUCUGCCCGCAUCCGCCCCACGGCUGUCACCUUAGAGCACGUGCCCAAGUCCUUGUCACCCAACAGCACCAUCUCCAGUGCCCCCAAGGACUUCGCUGUCUUCGGGUUUGAAGAAGACCUGCAGCAGGAGGGGACGCUGCUUGGCCAGUUCACCUACAACCAGGACGGGGAGCCCAUCCAGACAUUUUACUUUCAGGACCCCACAAUGGCCACAUACCAGGUGGUGGAGCUGCGGAUCCUGACUAACUGGGGCCACCCGGAGUACACCUGCAUCUACCGCUUCAGGGUGCACGGGGAGCCCGCCCACUAG